GGAACCCAUUGGGUGUGGGAGGUGGCUAACAUGCUGGUCAAAAAGACAGUGGAGUAUGACAAGAGGAUCAAAGACCAACUGAUGCUAGAGUUUGUUGACCCUGUGGGUAGGCUCGGGCAGGCAAUGUCACCAAGGGUUCUCAGUUCUCAUUUCGUUAUAAAUCACCUGCCUCAAGAAAUCAUCUCCAAGAAAACUAAGGUAAGUAGGAAUGGUGACGUAACCUAGAAUCUUUGUUUCAAACAAAAUUGGUUGUGAAUACCAGGAUCACUGUUAUUUUUCUUCAACGGUAAUACAUUUUAACGUGUUAUUAAAAGCAAUGAAAUAUUUAUUUGUCUUUUAAUUUAUUUUUUAAAAGUCUGCUUAACGCACUGUGUCCUGCAUUCUUUGAGACUUUGUGUGCCAAUUAUUGCAGACAGGUAUAGCCACGAGUGCCCCUUCUUUAAAAUGCUUCUAAGAAAUUGUCAGCAGAGUCAUGUUUCUAUAUCCAACAGCUAAUUUUCUUAAGUUUCGUGCCUGGUCACAUUUUUUCUUAAGAAUUUCUUUUUUUCUUAUUGCUACUCCGGGAUAGAUCUGGCUUGCAUUAUAAAUAACGACAAAGGGAUCCACAGUGAACAUCAUGUAUUGUUUCUGUACUGUUUGUCACCGCUGACGUCAUCAUAUUUCAUGGGGGGGUUUUAGGUUGCCACAAAAGUUGAUUAUUAUCUCAUCUUCAUUGAAAAAUACCAGUAAUGCCUUCAUUCUUUUACGAAAAAAAAACAUAUUCUUUAUGAGCUAUCGUAUGUUACAUUACAUAAAUCCAUGUUUAUUUUCUCUUUUUCAGAUCAUCCACUUAAUACGAAAUCCCAAAGACACCGUUGUAUCAAUGUAUUACUUCUACUCAAAAAAUCUCACAGUAACAUCAUUCCCUCUUUCCGAAUUUUUGACAGAGGUUAUUGCAGACAACCGUAAGCAUUUAAUUCAAGUACACUGGCUAGCAAUCACUGAGCCGCAGACCAAAAUGGGUUUGCCAAGGGUUUUUUUUUUUCUAUUGGGUUGUCAGCUUCAAUGGUUCACUUUCAAAAUUGAGAAAUUAAAGCAAUUUUUAGUAAUAAUUCAUGUCUUAACGUUUGAACAGCGGCACAAUACGACCAUCAGCCUCUACAGAUCUCUGAGAGAGGAGAUUUUCAACACGUAUUCGUUUGAAACCAUAACAACAGUUUAGAGGUUGAGAAUAACACGAGGUUAGCAUUAACAAAAACUCAAACGUGUCUCUUGAAAAAGGGUUCACGGGUCACUUUGCUUCAAUCGCCCGAGUUUGCGUGUCACUAUUUUUUUUACAAUACUAUAUCAUUAUUUAAGCUGGGGCAUUACAGGAUUUGCAGAUCAAUGCAUUAACAUUCUUAUACAUCUUCUGAAAAAUUGCAAAAAGUUAGUGGCAUUUUCAUUAUUUCUACAAAAUCCAUUCUAGUUUUCUGUGACCCAGUUUUUUUUGCCAAACCGCAAAAAAGCUCUAUCAAACCAAUACUAAUUCUACCAAACCCAUUCCAGUUUCUGUCUGCCUAAAUGUUUCUACCCCCAAAAAAUUGUAGAUUAUUCCGUACCACAAACCGUUUCUAGUGUCUUCCUGUUUUGGAGUUUCUACCAAUCCCAUUCUAGUUUGUUUUUCUUUGUCAAUUCUUUUACCAAACCUAGUAUUAUUCCUUUCUCAGUGUUUCUUCAAAACAAAGUUUGUUUCGGUUACUCUUAGUGUUUCUGCCGAAGCCAUUAAUGUUGAUGUCUGUCUCAUUUUUUCAACCAAAGCCAUUCUAGUUUCUAUCUUGGAGUUUGUAUGAAACGAUUCUAGCUUCUGUCUCCACCAGUGUUUCUACCAAACACAUUGUAGUUUCUGUCCGUCUCAAUGUAUCGUCCAACCUUACGAUAGUUUCUGUCUGUCUAAAUGUAUCGCCCAACCCCAUGAUAGUUUCUGUCUGUCUCAGUGUUUCUGCCCAACCAGUUUGACUUCCUACGUCAGAUCACAGAAUUUGAACAGGCUCACCCGGACCAACCCAUCAAACACAUCCAUUAUGAGGACAUGAAAAAGGUGAACUUUUAUAAAUAUUAAUUCGAAACGUAUUUAAUAGUGAAAUAAAUAUAUGACGAAUAAGGAUAAAGACGUGUAAUAUUUUUUUAUGUUGUUAACAACAGAAACAUUCAAAAGAAACUCAUUUUGUAAGAUAAUUUUAUUUUGAAAUGAUUUAGGAGGGGGUGGGGGUUAACACAAGUUAGAAAAUUUUCAUUUUUAUGAUGUAACGUGUCAGCUAGUUUGAUUAUGAAUUUCAGAGAGAGUAAUAAGACUUAAUUUUAUUUUAUUUAUAUUUUAUCAGCAUCUUUUAGUAUAUUUUUUUUUAUCUUUAAAUUUCUUUCAGGAUAUAUUGUGUUUUUAUGAUUGUUUCUUCAUCUUUCUAUCAAAAUAUCAGAUAAACAAUACACCUUUUCAUUUCUAAAAAAAAAAAAAUCAUUCUCUGUUUAGGAUCCCUUAAAGACCAUUUUAGAUUUAGCCCAGUUCUUGGAUGUACCAGCCAGUGAAACCUUCUGUCAACAAAUUGCUGAGGCUUGCAGUUUUGACAACAUGAAAAAAAACGACGACGACGGCAACAAAGAAGUGCCACAGGUUCAGGUAGAGAUGCUCAGAAGGUUCGGCCGUAAGAAGAUGUGGUUGUUUAGAAAAGGUAUUUAUAAAGUUAUGCAAGUUUUUUUUUUUUAUUUCCUUUGUGUGUUCAAAAAAAAAAAAGUUUGUUUGGAAAAUUAAACCUUCUGUCAACAAAUUGCUGAGGCUUGCAGUUUUGACAACAUGAAAAAAACGACGACGACGGCAACAAAGAAGUGCCACAGGUUCAGGUAGAGAUGCUAAGAAGGUUCGGCCGUAAGAAGAUGUGGUUGUUUAGAAAAGGUAUUUAUAAAGUUAUGCAAGUUUUUUUUUUUUAUUUCCUUUGUGUGUUCAAAAAAAAAAAAGUUUGUUUGGAAAAUGUAAUACGCCAUUAUUAUCUAGCAUCUAUAUUUUACACUACAGUUACACUACAUCUGAUAUAUAGAGCAUUGCUAAUGAGUAAAUCUGCUAUUUAAGAUCUAAUAUUUAAAUAUAAAAUAUAAUAACCUUACUCACACAAAUACACCGAAACGGAAAGUGUAUAUCCAGACAGUGCAACCAAUGUUAAUGUUUGUUGACAUAUCUGGUUUAAACGUAAGAUUGCAUAGUGUAUACGGUGGCCUGCAUGGCUAUAUUUUCUUAUAUAGUUUAGGUAAGAUUGGACUCCGAAAAGGUAAUGAAUUAAUAUUUAUCAUGAUUAAAAAUUGAUGGAAUUUGUUUGUUUUUUGUUUUUUUUGUUGUUUUUUUCAAUUCAUUAAUAGAGGGGGAAAAUGAAUUACUAUACAAGUUUUUUAGUAUAGAUUUUCAUGUCUCAGUUAUCAGAUAGACGCUCUUUGCUGGAUUACGAUACUUGUGGUAAAUCUGUUUUUGUGUUGUUUGUUUUUCUUUUUUAACUUCCGGGGCGCUGAUCUCACGUCUCCAUGCUACCUGUUUUGGGUUUUGCUUUCUAUGGACAUAAGUAGUAGUAACAGUCUUAAAUAGACUUCCGGCAGUAAAUAUCGCUUUCAUAAGCGAAUGUAAUUUGUGGACAUUGUAAGGCACGACUACACAUAUUCACAUCCGCCAACUUGGUAAAAAAAGAAAAGUUCCCGCCAUCUUGUAAACACAUGGCGUGAUCAAAAGAAGACUCAGAUGACGAGUCGGCUUAACACAAGAAAAGCUGAGAAGUAUGUUCAAACGAAUAUACCAGCGUAUAUUCAGGAAUCUAAACACCCCAUUUAAAAUCUAAUAACACAAUGCUUUGAUUCCGACCAAUUUUAGAGCAGCUUAAAAACUCAGACAAGGACUUUAUCAAAUAUGGCUUAAAAUUGUUGCAAGGGGCUGGUUACUGAUGCUUAGUACCUCACCACACGGUACUCACCUCUAUAGCUAAGGCCUCAAAAGUGUUUAGCAUCGGCCAGCCAAUGGAUAAUGGCUGAGACUAGCCGGCGAACCCACGUAGCAAGGGUCACCGAGGGACAUUAAAUAUUUGGUAAACAGAGUUUGUCAACCUUAAAAUGUAAAGACUAGAUGCGGUGGACUGGAUGGAUGAACCAGAAUUUGAUCGGCGCGAUGGUAAUCAUUCAGUGCAUGAAAAACACUUAAACCGUCUCGAUCGACGCGGACAGACCUUAGGGGAGAACAGCCCAUAGAGGAAAAGCAAUAGCCAGGUACACGUUAAUGCCAACUUUAGCGAAACUCUGCUUUAAGGAGAGCGCGAGCAAUAUUAAAGCGGCUCAUUCCAUGAUGUACCUGUUUGUGGUGGCAGAGGCAGCAGGGAGCGCCGUAAGGCUGGUGUUGGCUUAGCUAUCAAAUCUACAAUGAUUGACAUGAUUGAUCGUUUCCAAUAAAGUCAAUGGAAUUGAAAUGAUAAUGACCGUAAAACUCUUUCUCUUACCUCACAAAAAAAUUUCAAUAUCACCUGUAAUUCUUGGUGAUUUCAACACUCAUGUCGGGCGCAACCAAAAUGCUUGGGAUGUGGUUUAAGGAUAGACUGGAGUGGACCAUGGCAAAAUUAAUGGGCGUCGUUUUCUCCAAACUGCUGAUUAAUAAUACGGUACUGCACUUUCAAAAACGUAAUCAUAGAUUCUGUAUGUUAUCUCAAUCAUAACAUUGGCAUCGACAAUUUUAAUUUUAUUAUCAGUAGGAAAGAAAGCCGGGAAACCACGUCUUUGUGCGGUGGGGAUUUCUAGACAGAUCUUCAUAUUAUUAUCACAAUGGUAAACCCUCACAUAGACAACGAAAAUCAACCCCAGGGAAGAACACCCUAAAUCGUCUUAACAACAGAACGUUUAGAAACCAUGCCAUCAAGAAACGUUGUGUGGAUUCUCAGGAAGAAAGUAUGAAAUCGAUCUGAGCGUCGUGGUCCCUGGCAUCCCUAAGAUCUAUUGGCAUCCCUAAGAUCUAUUGGCAUCCCUAAGAUCUAUUGGCAUCCCUAAGAUCUAUUGGCAUCCCUAAGAUCUAUUGGCAUCCCUAAGAUCUAUUGGCAUCCCUAAGAUCUAUUGGCAUCCCUAAGAUCUACUGGCAUCCCUAAGAUCUACUGGCAUCCCUAAGAUCUACUGGCAUCCCUAAGAUCUACUGGCAUCCCUAAGAUCUAUUGGCAUCCCUAAGAUCUAUUGGCAUCCCUAAGAUCUAUUGGCAUCCCUAAGAUCUAUUGGCAUCCCUAAGAUCUACUGGCAUCGCUAAGAUCUAUUGGCAUCCCUAAGAUCUAUUGGCAUCCCUAAGAUCUAUUGGCAUCCCUAAGAUCUAUUGGCAUCCCUAAGAUCUACUGGCAUCCCUAAGAUCUAUUGGCAUCCCUAAGAUCUAUUGGCAUCCCUAAGAUCUAUUGGCAUCCCUAAGAUCUAUUGGCAUCCCUAAGAUCUAUUGGCAUCCCUAAGAUCUAUUGGCAUCCCUAAGAUCUAUUGGCAUCCCUAAGAUCUAUUGGCAUCCCUAAGAUCUAUUGGCAUCCCUAAGAUCUAUUGGCAUCCCUAAGAUCUACUGGCAUCCCUAAGAUCUACUGGCAUCCCUAAGAUCUACUGGCAUCCCUAAGAUCUACUGGCAUCCCUAAGAUCUAUUGGCAUCCCUAAGAUCUAUUGGCAUCCCUAAGAUCUAUUGGCAUCCCUAAGAUCUAUUGGCAUCCCUAAGAUCUACUGGCAUCGCUAAGAUCUAUUGGCAUCCCUAAGAUCUAUUGGCAUCCCUAAGAUCUAUUGGCAUCCCUAAGAUCUAUUGGCAUCCCUAAGAUCUAUUGGCAUCCCUAAGAUCUACUGGCAUCCCUAAGAUCUAUUGGCAUCCCUAAGAUCUAUUGGCAUCCCUAAGAUCUAUUGGCAUCCCUAAGAUCUAUUGGCAUCCCUAAGAUCUAUUGGCAUCCCUAAGAUCUAUUGGCAUCCCUAAGAUCUACUGGCAUCCCUAAGAUCUACUGGCAUCCCUAAGAUCUACUGGCAUCCCUAAGAUCUACUGGCAUCCCUAAGAUCUAUUGGCAUCCCUAAGAUCUAUUGGCAUCCCUAAGAUCUAUUGGCAUCCCUAAGAUCUAUUGGCAUCCCUAAGAUCUACUGGCAUCGCUAAGAUCUAUUGGCAUCCCUAAGAUCUAUUGGCAUCCCUAAGAUCUAUUGGCAUCCCUAAGAUCUAUUGGCAUCCCUAAGAUCUAUUGGUAUCCCUAAGAUCUAUUGGCAUCCCUAAGAUCUAUUGGCAUCCCUAAGAUCUAUUGGCAUCCCUAAGAUCUAUUGGCAUCCCUAAGAUCUAUUGGCAUCCAUAAGAUCUAUUGGCAUCCUUAAGAUCUAUUGGAAUCCCUAAGAUCUAUUGGCAUCCCUAAGAUCUAUUGGCAUCCCUAAGAUCUAUUGGCAUCCCUAAGAUCUAUUGGCAUCCCUAAGAUCUAUUGGCAUCCCUAAGAUCUAUUGGCCUCCCUAAGAUCUAUUGGCAUCCCUAAGAUCUACUGGCAUCCCUAAGAUCUAUUGGCAUCCCUAAGAUCUACUGGCAUCCCUAAGAUCUAUUGGCAUCCCUAAGAUCUAUGCUGUAGAAAACCACUAUAGAUUUUCUGUGGACUAAGCUCCAAAAAAAAAUCUUUUUUUUUUGUUCAAUGACAAAAGUUUCGUAAUCAAGUAGCUUCUGAGGGAAACUAAAAGUUUGUGAUAACCCCGACCUCAACUACUCUAAGUCAGCACCACAGCGUAAGAUGAACGAUUCUAUGUGAUUUCCAGAAUUCAUCUGUUGUUAAUCUGUACUCACUAUAAUCUUGCUGAAACGUCUUUACACGGAUUUUGAGAAAGUCUUCUGCCAGAAAGUCAACGCCGUUUCCAUGAAGUACUCGGAUCUAUUGACAUGGAUUUGAGAACAGAAAACUGCAGGUAUAAUGCUAAUCUCAACAUUUUGAAAGUUUCUGCACCUAUAGAGACCUGACUAAUUCCUUUGAACCUGUUAGUGGAGAAGCUCUUUAGAAGAUCAUGGCAAAAUUUGGAUGUCCCAGAUAGUUCAUGUCAAUGUUACAAAAAUUCCAUGAAGAAAUGCAGGUUUGGUUUUGGGAAAAUAAGGAGAUGUCAAAACCAUUGUAUAUUGAAAAUAGCUUUAAGAAAUUUUUGUCCUGGCUCCAAAACUUUUCACUGUUACGAGUUUUCUCCACGCUCACUAAUGUCUUUAGAGAGUGAGACCUCAAUUAAAGCGUCCAACAUAAACACAGACACUUGGGAAGAAGGACAAUGGAUCAGGCAACUUGACGUUUAUUUUUAAGCAAAGAUCAAUACAAUAUGAAGCUAACUGCAUGGUGGCUGCAGAGGACACAAUACGUGUUAGCAAAGCCAGGGUUAAUUUUACACCCGGAGCUUCUCCAUCCAUCCCUUGCAAUUACUGCAAAAGUAACCUUUCUUUUUGCGAUUAAGUCUCAUCAGCCAUCUGCGCACCCACAGUCAACUACAGAAGUAGAAAGAAGACGAUUAUUAAAGUAGUCAUAGUCGAUUUCGACGGACAAGCAAGGCAAUUAUGCAAGCUCACAUCACAUAUUAUCAUUUUACUUUUAUGUCACUGUAGGUAAAAUGUUUUUAUGUCCCAGCAAGAAUGUUUGAAUCUGUGAAAUUUUUAUUUCAGGAAUUAUUGGGGACUGGAAAAAUGAACUAACAGAGGAACAGGUGCAAGAAUUGGAUGAUUACAUAGACAGGGAGGAAAAGAAAGGAUUGGCAUUUAAGUUUGUCUAUGAAUAACAAAGGAGUUGUGACGGAAAGGUUUCAUUCAUUAUGGUAUAACAAAUAGCCAAAGUGAC